AUGGGCGUCGGGACGGAUUCGGCGUUUCGGGUUGUUAGCCAGAUUCCAUGGGAGUGGCUUCCCAUAAACUCUUCACAGCGUUACUACGCUUCUUCUUAUACCACUCGAGAUAUCAGCUCCGCAUCUUCCUCCUCGAAGUCAUACCGCACACCCGGCGGCACGAUAUCAUCCUUACCUAAACAACACCGCCGCCGGCUGCUGAUCCGUUAUGCUACCAUCGACAGUGAUUUGAGAUCUAGUGGUCGUGACCUCAAAUGA